UCUGAUCACAACCACGCUGCCUGUCUUUGCAACAUUGCAUGUCUCAGCUCGUGGCCUUGUCUCUUGCCAGCCUGAGCUGAUAGCUGCACUUAUACUGCAUGCUUCUCUUCUCCCUCGCCUAUAAAUCCAUCAGUUCCGCCCCAACACUUCAUCAGUCCAUCUACAAGCUAACAAUUGUUUACACCUAGGCACCUAGCUGAACACCAUCUGAUACAAAGGUUCUCUGAACAUUCAGCCAGGAAAGCAGGAGAAGCAUCCAUGAUCAGUGCCAAGAGACUUGUUCAAAUGGCCAAGAAGUGGCAAAGAAUGGCGGCCCUUGCAAGGAAGCGGCUCACGUCGACGCCGGCGAAAGAAACCGAAGGAUCAUGCGGCGCCUCGACGUCGGUGGCCGGCAAGGGCCACUGCGUCGUGUACUCGGCCGACGGCAGGCGGUUCGAGGUCCCGUUGGCGUGCCUCGGCACGACGGUCUUCGGCGAGCUCCUGACGAUGUCGCAGGAGGAGUUUGGGUUCGCGGGCGACGACGGUAGGAUCACGCUGCCGUGUGACGCCACGGUGAUGGAGUACGUGAUGUGUUUGCUUAGGAGAGAGGCCUCUGAAGACGUGGAGAGGGCGUUCUUGAGCUCCAUCGUUAGGCCUUGCCACACUAUCUGCAGCGUGGUGCCAUCGAUAGGACUCAACCAGCAAUUAGCUGUUUGUGUAUAGUUCAUGAUGCAUGUACGAUUUUGCUCAAUAAGAUGUAAGAUCGUACAAUCUCAGGAAAUGAUAUGAAGGAUUUCGCAACCUCUCUA